GUGCUGAUGGUUGCCAGGAUACACCGGAAGAUCCUUGUUCCCUCUUCCGGUGCCGCUCGAGUAACAGUAACAGCAGCAGUCAAAGGAUGUGAAAAUGGCGGAACUUCAGAUGCUGCUGGAAGAGGAGAUUCCUGCUGGUCGAAGGGCCUUAUUGGACAGUUAUACCAAUCUAGAGAGAGUAGCGGACUAUUGCGAGAAUAAUUAUAUCCAGUCUGCAGAUAAACAGAGAGCUCUAGAAGAAACCAAAGCCUAUACAACUCAGUCAUUAGCAAGUGUAGCAUAUCUGAUCAACACUUUAGCCAACAAUGUCCUCCAGAUGCUGGAUAUACAGGCAUCACAGCUGCGACGCAUGGAAUCUUCAAUUAACCACAUCUCUCAAACCGUGGACAUUCAUAAAGAAAAGGUUGCUAGAAGAGAGAUCGGCAUCCUUACCACAAAUAAGAACACCUCAAGAACUCACAAAAUCAUUGCUCCUGCCAACUUAGAACGGCCUGUCCGCUAUAUUAGAAAGCCCAUCGACUACACAGUUUUGGAUGACAUUGGACAUGGUGUGAAGUGGUUGCUUAGAUUUAAGGUUACUACACAGAACAUGAAAAUGGGUGGUUUGCCUCGUACAACACCUCCAACACAGAAGCCUCCUAGUCCACCAAUAUCAGGAAAAGGAACUAUUGGGCGUCAUUCUCCAUAUCGCACUUUAGAACCAGUGCGCCCCCCAGUGGUGCCAAAUGACUAUGUUCCAAGUCCUACACGUAAUAUGGUUCCUACACAACAGAGUCCUGUCAGAACUGCUUCAGUGAACCAGAGGAACCGCACCUACAGCAGCAGUGGUAGCAGUGGAGGAAGUCAUCCCAGCAGUCGAAGCAGCAGCCGAGAAAACAGUGGCAGUGGAAGUGUGGGUGUUCCUAUUGCAGUUCCAACCCCCUCUCCCCCGAGUGUCUACCCAGCUCAUCCUGCUCAGUUCUACAGUAUGAACAGACCAGUGUCACGACACCCCACAACAACCAUAGGAGGCUCCCUACCGUACAGACGCCCUCCUUCUGUCACAUCACAGGCCAGCAUUCAGAGCCAAGUGAAUGGAGGGCCAUUCUUUAACCAAGGUUCAGGGUUUUAUAUUUUUCAUGUCCCUAUGUUUAAGUUUGUUCAUAGCUGCUUGACUAGUAUUCAGUACAAACCUACUGUUUAA